AUGGAGGUCUUACAAAUUCGGCCGAACGUCAUAAGCUUCAACGCUGCCAUCAGUGCAUGUGAAAAAGCUGGUCAAGCUGAGGCAGCUGUGCAGGCCUUGGAGAUGUUGAGAAGAACCACUCAGCCCGACGUGGUGAGCUUCAGCGCCGUGAUCAAGGCGCAGGCAACGGUGUCUCACCACUGGAGGAGGUCGGUAGAGCUGCUGAGGGACAUGAAGGUUCGCGAGAUUCUCCCCAAUCUGCUGACCUUCAACAGCGUUGUGGACGCUCUUGGCAUUUCGAGUGCGUGGACGCAAAGCUUACUUCUCCUGGAGGAUCUUCGGAAGCGACGUCACCAGCCGGACAUGAUCACCUUCGCCGGCUCCGUGAACGCCUGCGCGCGCGCCCUGUGCCGCGGACACACGGUGCAGCUGCUGGGCGGCAUCGAUCAGCGACGCGUGGCCGGAGCCGUCCGCCGAAAGAGCAGCCGCAGCGUGCGGAGCAGGAGUGUUCCGGAUAUUUAG